AUGGCCCUUCCUCGAAAAAGUAUGACUAUUGAGCCCACGCAGACUCAGAGCAGCGAGGCUGAGCCUCGACUGUCUCGGGCUCUGUCUACGCGAUCCCUGUGGAAGGCUUCUGCCGCUCCCAUGAAGGAUCAGGAGAACCCCACCACCCUGGACUUGCUGAACUACCUUCAGACCAACCCCAACUCGGAGUACUCGAUUCGUGCUAAGUUUUUCCUUCUCAACAUGGCUCUGUGUCACAUGUGUCUCCCUGAGGGCAACCUGGAGGAGGGUAUUGAAUACACCUCGGCCUCUCCAGAUGAAGUUGCCCUUGUGGCUGCUGCUCGGGAUCUCGGAUACAUCAUGAGCAACAGAUAUAACUCCACUGUCACUGUGCGAACUUUCCCUGACGGUUUGGACGAUGAUCCUGUUGACGAGACCUACGAGAUUCUAGAUGUCAUCGAGUUCACUUCAGGCCGAAAGCGCAUGAGUGUUGUUGUUCGAAUGCCCAACAAUGAGCUGUUCAUAUUCUGCAAGGGAGCUGAUAACGUCAUCGUUGACAGACUUCGAAACUCCGCAAUUGCUCAUGAAAAGAUUGACCGGAUCUCCAACCAGGCUGCUGAUCGAAAGCGAGCUGAGGCCGAGGUUGUUCUAGAAUCCCGAAAGAGUAUGGGCGCUGCUACUUCCCCUCGUAAGAGCGGUGUUGAUACUGAUGCUCGAACUUCUUUCGGUAUCCCUCGUCCAUCUAUUAACCUCGGUAGAUCUAGAGACCCCUUAGAUUCCAUCGACGACUGGCUCUACAAGAAGACUCGAGAGGAAGAGGACGUCCAUGAGGUUGCAUCUACUGCUCGAAAGUCUGUGCAACUCGCUCGAAAGAGAAUGUACAACGAGCCCCAGCCUAGACGGUCUAUGGAUGUUCGACAGACUGCUCAUCGAGUAUCUAUGGGACGUGUCUCUACUGGCCGAGUGUCUUUCGCUUAUGGUGAAGAGCGUCUCCCUCGAAAUAUGGACGAUAUUCUCACUCGAACCACACCCAAGAAGAAUAGUGGUGGUGGUUUCGAUCAUGAAGACGCUGCUGGAGACUUGUCUGUCGAAUUUGGUAUCGAUGACGAGCUGGUCAAGAAUGAUGCCUACAUCAUGGAGAAAACCCUGAACCACAUUGAGGAGUUUUCGACCGAGGGUCUGCGAACCCUGAUGUAUGCUCACAAGAAGCUGGGCCAGGAGGAGUACAAGCAGUGGAAGAAGCUCUACGACGAUGCUCGAACCUCGUUGGAGAACCGAGCCAUGAAGUGUGAGAAGGUGGGUGAGAUGAUUGAGCGGGAUUUUGAGCUCAGUGGAGCCACCGCUAUCGAGGACAAGCUGCAGAAGGGUGUUCCCGAGACCAUUGAGAAGCUGCGGCGAGCCAACAUCAAGCUGUGGAUGCUUACAGGUGACAAGCGAGAGACUGCCAUCAACAUUGGGUACUCUUGUCGUCUUAUCAAAGAUUAUUCGACGGUUGUCAUUCUCAAGCAUGAUGAGGAUAUCGUUGGAGCACUUGCCCAGUCUCUACUCAAGCUUGACACUGGCAACGUGGCACACUGUGUGGUGGUUGUAGAUGGACAAACGCUGUCGAUAAUCGAAGAGGAUCUCACUUUGAUGAGUCUGUUCAUUGAUCUCGGUAUCAAGGCCGACUCAGUUAUCUGCUGUCGAGCUAGUCCUUCACAGAAGGCUCUCAUGGUGACCAACGUGCGUUCCAAGGUCAAGUCCGCUAUCACUCUUGCCAUUGGUGAUGGUGCUAACGACAUUGCCAUGAUCCAGUCUGCCGAUGUUGGUAUUGGUAUCACUGGUAAGGAGGGUCUGCAGGCAGCUCGAUCUUCGGAUUUUGCCAUUGCGCAGUUCUCUUACUUGCUCAAGCUGCUGCUUGUCCACGGUCACUGGAACUACGACCGAACCUGCAAGUAUGUGUUGGCCACUUUCUACAAGGAAAUGCUCUUCUACACCACGCAGGCAAUCUUCCAGUAUAACUCCAUGUUCACUGGAACAUCGAUGUACGAACAGUGGUCGCUCGCCAUGUUCAAUACCCUAUUCACUUCACUCCCUGUGAUUGUGCUUGGCAUUUUUGAGCAGGACCUGUCCGCGGCUACCCUGAUUGCAGUUCCCGAGCUUUAUGCUAAAGGACAGAAGAACGAAGCAUUCAACUACCUUGUUUACCUCGUGUGGAUGACUAUUGCCAUCUCACAGUCUUUGAUUAUUUCGUUCAUGGCCUUUUACAUCUGGGGUUUCUCAAGUCUCCCUGAUAUCGACAACACUCUCUACCCUCUUGGCAUGAUUACCUUUACCGCUGUUGUGUUGCUGAUUACACUUAAGCUUCAGAUGAUGGAUAUCCAGAGCCGAACUGUCAUUGCGCUCGGAGUUACCAUUAUUUCGAUCGGUGGUUGGUUUGCAUGGAACUUGUUCUUGUCUGCUGUGUACCAUAAUGGCCGGGUGAAGAUCUACUACAUCCCCGAUGGUAUGGUAUCUCGAUGGGGUAAGGAUUUGUCUUGGUGGGCUGCUCUCUUGGUCGUGACCAUUGCAGCUGCACUGGUGGACAUUCUGUGGAAGGUGUUCCGAGUGUGGUUCUUCCCUACUGACACAGAUUUGUUCCAGGAGCUUGAGCAGGAUGACUCUAUCAAGAAACGACUUGAAGAGGAGGCCUACGAGGAAUUGCAGCAGGGCUGGCGUCAUGGUAACUGGGUGGCUGAUCUGGAGGCUCAGGGAGCUGAUGCUCCUGGCACUCCUCGAAGUAGCAGAACCAGAAGUACACGCUACUCAAACUCUGUGCGAUCCCCUGCCAGCCCGAGAUACUACGAUGAGUACACUCCUUACACAUCUUCAUCUGGGAGAGAGUCAUCUUCUAAUGACCAUCAGUCUAGAACCGACAAACUGCGACAGAAGCUGCGAUUCCCUCGUAAGAAGACUUCUGGUGAGUACGAGCGUGAGGUGGAGGAGAUUCUCAAGCGCCGAGCGGAGGAUGAACGGUCUCAGGCUUUGAGAGAUAUAGAAAUGAGGCGCAUGGCCUAG